GCGCCGACCGAGACCCUCUGGCCGGGCGGGGCUGGUAGCGGCGGCGGCGCGGCCUGCCCCACCUGGAAGACUCCAGUGAGAAUUGGAGUGUGACAAGUUAGCAGAGGGAAGGAGUUGUUGUUGUUUCCAUUCCAUGGAUCCCUUGGGUGCUCCUUCCCAAUUUGUGGAUGUUGACAGUCUGCCAGGCUGGACUGAUGCCUAUGAGGCUAAGCAGCUGGACUCUCACCAAAAUCCUGUUGAAAAAGCUCAAGUUGAUGUUAGAUCACCUUUUCCAUACAGGAAAGACAUUAAUGCAAAAAUAAUCUUAUGGAAAGGAGAUGUAGCAUUAUUGAACUGCACAGCCAUAGUAAAUACCAGUAAUGAGUCUCUCACUGAUAAGAAUCCAGUAUCUGAAAGUAUAUUCAUGCAUGCUGGGCCUGACCUGAGAGAUGAACUCCAGAAGCUCAAAGGGUGCAGGACAGGCGAGGCUAAACUCACCAAAGGAUUUAAUUUGGCUGCACGUUUCAUCAUUCACACAGUGGGACCCAAAUACAAAAGCCGGUAUCGCACAGCAGCUGAGAGUUCUCUAUACAGCUGUUACCGCAAUGUCCUGCAGCUCGCGAAGGAACAGGCAAUGUGCUCUGUAGGAUUUUGUGUCAUUAACUCUCUGAAAAGAUGCUACCCCUUGGAGGAUGCAACCCACAUAGCACUGCGCACAGUUAGAAGGUUCCUGGAGAUUCAUGGAGAGACUUUGGAGAAGGUGGUGUUUGCAGUCUCUGAGCUUGAAGAGGCCACUUACCAGAAGUUGCUGCCUCUAUAUUUUCCAAGAUCGUUGGAAGAAGAGAUACAAUCCUUGCCUUACCUCCCUGCAGAUAUUGGCAAUGCGGAAGGCGAGCCUGUAGUACCAGAGCGGCAGAUCAGGAUUACUGAAAAGCCAGGUGUUCCGGAUGAUGCUUCAGAUGAAGAGGGUCUGGAGGCAGAUUUGUCUUUCAUUGGUUCCCAUGCUUUUGCCCGCAUGGAAGGAGACGUUGAUAAACAGAGACGCCUCAUCCUUCAGGGACAGUUGUCAGAGGCAGCACUGCAAAAACAGCAUCAGAGGAAUUAUAAUCGCUGGCUGUGUCAGGCAAGAGCUGAAGACCUCUCUGAUAUUGCUUCUCUUAAAGCCUUGUACCAGACAGGUGUAGAUAACUGUGGCCGCACAGUAAUGGUGGUGGUUGGAAGGAAUAUCCCUGUAACAUUGAUAGACAUGGAAAAGGCUCUUCUGUAUUUCAUCCAUGUCAUGGAUCAUAUUGCAGUGAAGGAAUAUGUCCUGGUGUACUUCCAUACGCUCACAAAUGAUUACAAUCAACUAGACUCUAAUUUCUUGAAGAAACUCUAUGAUGUUGUUGAUGCCAAGUACAAGAGGAACUUGAAGGCACUGUAUUUUGUCCACCCAACAUUUCGUUCAAAGGUCUCAGCAUGGUUUUUCACAACCUUUACAGUCUCAGGGCUAAAGGACAAAAUCCACUAUGUGGAAAGCCUUCAGCAGUUAUUCACAGCCAUACCCCCAGAACAGAUUGAUCUCCCCCCUUUCGUCCUCGAGUAUGAUGCCAGGGAAAAUGGGCCUUACUAUUCUUCUUAUCCUCCAUCCCCUGACUUGUGAUCUGCAGUCCUGCAAUGCUGCUGGUUUCCCGUGGAUCCAAUGACCUGAUGCCUGCCAAAACCUGUGCAUUUGCCCAUGUACAGAAUUCAGAGAGAGGGUUUUCCUCCCCCAGCUCUGGUAUUUUUUUACUGAUGAGAUAUUUUCAAGCACUCAAGCAAUCAGAGAACUUUAUGCCACUGUGAACUGUACAACUAUUUCAAAUAUAUUUAUCCAAUGGAAAAGUUGAUUUAAAGAUCACUAGGUACAUUUUAUUUUGGUUUGUUUUGAGGCUGUUACAUUUAUUUCUGAACAGACUUUCUCUUUUCUAGGAAAUCCAUCAAAAACACUUGAUCAUGUUUUUAACUAUUACCAUUUUCCAGCUCCAUUUGUAAUACCCAUUUCUGACUGGUCUGUACAAAUACCGUGCAGUACCAGCCUGACACAUUGUUCAUCAUAUGGUCUCUGUGUUUCGCAUCUGAUUACUUUUCCUUUCUGUUAGUGCUGAUUACUUUGGUCUCGACCCAGCAAAACUAUCUGGAAUUGGGAAUGCCAUGUCUGCAGGCUGAACAAAGCACUACAGCCAAGCCAAGAUCACUGCAAGACUUAGUACCAUAAAUGCUAGGUGAGCUAGGAGCCUUGAUAAAGUCCUUGUCAGUUUUCAUUGGAUGAUGUGACAUGUCAGGAUGCCACUACCCUCCCAGUAAGAAUAAAAUUGAAAAGCAUUUGCGGUUUCAUUUCUCUAACUAUAGUUGUUUACGUUCUCCUUUGACAUGGCCAGAUGUGUUUGUAUGAUAAAUGAAUGCCAUCUGCCUGAAGUAUGUAUGGAGGGGAGGAAGAAACAGUGACUCCAACCCCAACCUCUGGUGGCAGAGAUUGUUUCUUAGAGAUACCAGUGUCCCUCUUCCUUCCUGUUACACUGACACUGAUUUUUGACAGACGUGAUACAUGUAAGAGAGCUCAGCCACAGGGUACUUAUGAAACUGGAGGUGAAAAGUUUUUCAGCCUGCCAAUGGAAAGCUAAAAGAGGGAGAAGGCUCCCUUGUAAAAAAAACAUAAUCAGGGAUGGCAGUCCCAAAUACAGAAGGAUGGAAUCCCUGGUAGGAAGAAUGUCACAACAUAUGAAAAUGAUGGCACAGUUUUCAUUCUAGCUGCUUUCCUGCCCUGACUUGUAUCUGCUACUCUGUCUUUGCCAAACUUCAGUUUUCCUUGUUCUGCCACUUCUGCAAUAACUACCUUUUUUGAGCAUAAGCAAAAGUCAUCGUGAGAUACCUUAGAAGGUGGUUAUUCAUGCCCAUUGAGUUGAUUGAAAUAGAUAUCUCUCUGCUGUUUAAAGAUACUGUAAACUGUUGGGAUAAACAGGAAAAAAAAAUCCUGUCUUGGUCAUCUAAUUGCAUGUCAUAAUUUGUGUUUGCAGUCUGAGAGUCUGGGCUUUUGUAAGUUAGGAGCGCAGUGAAAGAUGGGCCAUACUGAGUUUCCUUUCUUUCCUACCUUGGCCUCCUGGCUUAAUGUUGUAUACUCCACAUAUCCUCAGCACGUUGGUAUGUCAGUUACAGAUCAAGAUAAUCACUUGGCUGGGGUUUAACAGUUAUGCAUAUACAACAUACAAAAAGCAAAUGGUUUUGCUUUUUAAGUGUCCUCCAGGGUCCUUACACGAUUCCAUUAUCAGAUCCAAGGUGCUGCUAAAAGCUGGAAACUGUAGCAUAAUGGAAAACCACCUUGGUGUUAAUAUGUGGGAGUGUUGCACCUUAUGGUCAGUUCACAUGUGAUUCUUUCAGCACUUUUCUGGUGGGUUCUGAGAAGGAAAUAGCAGCAGUCUAUACAGAGCAGCUACCACGUGUCCCUACCUCCUCUUUUCACCUAGCUGUUUACAGCUGCCCUUGUCUAGUGACUUUUAUAGCCAGCAAUGAAUUUUCCAUGCUUCUCUAACGAUUUGUAUAGGUUUCCACCCCCAUUAACCAUCUGCUGUUUUUCACACCCAUGGCAUUUUCAGUGAGGCUGUUGCAGAACA